AUGCACAUCAAAGACAUGCUCGCAGAGGCCGAGAGGUCGGGCAACCCCUCUUUUUCCUUCGAAUUCUUCCCACCAAAAACUGCUCAAGGUGUGCAAAAUCUUUACGAUAGAAUGGACCGCAUGCAUGGACUAGGGCCUAGCUUCAUUGAUAUUACUUGGGGCGCAGGUGGUCGCUUGGCCCAAUUGACCUGCGAGAUGGUGGGAGUGGCUCAAUCGCAAUAUGGUUUGGAAACCUGCAUGCAUUUGACUUGUACCGAUAUGGGAAAAGAAAAAGUCGACGAAGCUCUCAGAAAUGCCUACAAAGCCGGAUGCACAAACAUUCUUGCUCUAAGAGGAGAUCCUCCGCGUGAAAAGGAGAAGUGGGAGGCGACCGAAGGAGGAUUUCAAUAUGCGAAAGACCUUGUUCAUUAUAUUCGUCAGACAUACGGCAAUCAUUUCGAUAUAGGAGUUGCCGGGUAUCCCGAGGGUUGCGAUGACCAGGACGAUGAAGAUUUAUUGCUAGACCAUUUAAAGGAGAAGGUCGACGCCGGUGCUACCUUCAUUGUUACACAAAUGUUCUACGAUGUCGAUAAUUUCAUUGAUUGGCUGGGAAAAGUUAAAGCAAGAGGUGUUACCAUCCCUGUUAUUCCAGGUAUCAUGCCCAUCAACACAUAUGCAAGCUUCCUUCGAAGAUGCAACCACAUGGGGUGUAAGAUACCGCCUAAAUGGAGCGCGUCUCUCGAAGCUGUCAAGAAUGACGAUUCUGCCGUGCGUAACAUCGGGAAGGAUCUGGUCGCUGAAAUGUGUCGUCGCAUUAUUCAAGCUGGAGUACAUCAUCUACAUUUUUACACUAUGAACUUGGCUCAGGCAACUCGCAUGGUGCUUGAGGAACUUAAUUUAACUCCAUCGACGCAACGUCCUUUGAAGCACGCACUUCCUUGGAGACAAUCACUUGGUCUUGGUCGUAGAGAGGAAGAUGUUCGCCCAAUCUUCUGGAAGAACCGAAACAAGUCUUAUGUGGCUAGAACCCAGGAUUGGGAUGAAUUUCCUAACGGUAGAUGGGGAGACUCGAGAUCUCCUGCUUUUGGCGAGUUGGAUGCUUAUGGAAUUGGCUUAAAGGGCAGCAAUGAACAAAACAUUAAACUCUGGGGUCAACCAAAAUCUAUCAAGGACAUCGCCGAACUCUUUGUCAGUUAUCUUGAGAACGGGAUAGAAAGUCUUCCUUGGAGUGAAGCUCCAAUCUCAAGCGAAGCGGAUAUCAUUAAGUCUGAUUUGAUUGAGCUCAAUCGACGUGGAUUCCUUACCAUUAACUCUCAACCUGCUGUUGACGGUGUUAAGUCAUCUGAUCCUGUGUAUGGUUGGGGACCUACAAACGGUUAUGUUUACCAGAAAGCUUAUUUGGAACUCUUGGUCGCUCCGGAUAUGAUGCCCGAGUUAGUGCGUCGUAUUCAGCACGACCCUGACCUAACAUACUAUGCUGUUAAGAAGACUGGAGAUUUGCAAACGAACGCACAGAGUGAUGGACCCAACGCUGUCACCUGGGGAGUAUUCCCUGGUAAAGAAAUUGUGCAACCUACCAUCGUCGAGACCAUCAGUUUCUUAGCUUGGAAAGAUGAGGCAUUCCGUCUGGGAACAGAUUGGGCUCACUGUCAUUCUGCACUUAGCCCAAGUCGUGGGCUCAUUGAAUCCAUUAUGGAUUCAUGGUACCUUGUCAAUAUUGGAAGGGCAAACUUCAACAAGUUUGGCGUUCAAAAAGGAUCUCAACGAUCCAAAAUGGUAUGGGCGGGGGUUUAA